AUGCCUUCUACUCUCAAUUUCCAGUCCGAGACACCUACUGUUCAGGGCGAACAAGAUCCUUCUCUUGUAACCUUGGAGCAUUAUGGCCUACAGCCACCCUCUGCACAGCAAAAACUUACCCCUUUGGACAUGAAUAUGCCCAGGUUAUAUGGUAUCCGUUUGAUUCUUUGCUAUCCAACUAAUCCUGGUAUGGAUAAGAGGCAGAUAUAUGAGAACUUGAAGAAGGGCUUAGCUCACACUGUCGCUUCUAUUCCUUGGAUAUCUGGACAUAUUGCAAGACAGGAUCCCAAGACCCGAAAGGUCCAGAUUCUCGACUCACCAGGCGGUUUCAUGUUCCCGUAUAAGGAUCUCACUGACGUACUGCCAUCUUAUGCAGAAUUACGAGAGCGAAACUUUCCUUUAGCGGAAUUCACUACAGUUCAGGUCGGCCCUAUUGACGUUAUGCCACAAGGGCCCAACCAGCCGGUCUUUGCAGCUCAGGCUAACUUUGUCAAAGGCGGUCUUCUGCUGACGGUAGGAGUUCAUCACUCAGCAUGUGACGCAUCGGCCUUGGACGCUAUCCUGAGCACCUGGUCGCACAAUACUGCUGUAGCUAGUGGUGGUUCCGGGUCUUUUUCCACAUUAGAUGGACCAUCUAACGAUCGUAGUCCCUUGAUGGAAGGAGAUCUUGGCAACGCCGACGUGGCUGCCUUUCCUGAGUACGUUCUGAUGCCUACUCCUCACUCUACGGAGGGUGAUCUGUCAAGCAUGUCUGGAUUCCAGAUGCCUCCCCUCGCAAGCCACCUUUUCCACUUUUCACCAAAGAGUCUUACGAAGCUCAAAGCAGAGGCAGGAGCAUUCUCUUCACAUGAUGCUCUCUGUGCCUUUAUAUGGCAGCGCAUGACUUUGGCACGAAUGCAUUCUGGGGUCUUCAACGAUCCCCCUGGGGACUCAACAUCGCGCUUUUGCUUUGCAGUAAAUAUUCGCAACCGAAUGAGCCCUCCACUGCCACCUUCUUAUAUGGGUAAUGCUUCGAUGGGCUGCGUUACUAAGAAGAUCAGCGUGGCUUCCAUGAUAUCCAACAAUGGAUUGAAGCAAGCUUCAGCCGCGAUACGGAGGUCGUUGAACGAUUUCAACAGUCCCAGAAGGAUCACUUCAACUAUCGGGCUAUUGGGAUCGCGGCCUGACCCUACAGACUUCAAGUUGUCCUUCAAUGGUUUCCUAGGGCUAGAUGUUGUUGAGUCUUCAUGGGCUGAUCUUGGCGUUUAUGGGCAUCAAUGGGGCGAUGCUAUUGGCACGUUGGAUGCUGUUCGUAUACCAGGUGAAGGCUCAGAUGGUACUAUGAUGAUAUUACCCAGGUUGAAGGAUGGUGGUCUGGAUGUUGUGGUUGGGUUAUCAACAGCAGCAAUGGAGAAGCUCAUCGAGGAUGAGAAGUUUGUUUCUGUUGCACACUCUUAA